AGAGGUCUCGGGCCACACUCUCAUCACAGGAGUGGGGCCCAAUCAGUACAGAGCUGCGGAGGAGAAGUGGGUAUAUAGAUUCAGUAAAGGUGGGACCUUUAGUGAGCUCUCACAUUUAAAGGCAGCAAUCCAAAACUGGGGGAACCAACCUGAAAGACAACUAUGGCUUCUACCCUUUUGCUUCUGGGCAUAUUGUUUGCCCUGCUCAUCCCAGCUGACAUGGUGCCUGUCAAGAAUUCAACUGGUGUACACGAGGGCAAAUUGAGACUGAAGAGGAAGUACUCUGAUGAGAUCUUUGAAGAAGAUGAAAUCACAGACCGAGAUGAAAUGACUACAAUGGAUCAGAUCCUAGAAGUCAACAGCUUGCUGCGAGCGCCCAGAGGACUGUCAUUCAGAGAAGGAGAUAUUGCCUAUUCAUACGUGCGCAGUGCCAUAAACUGCCCUGGGAAUGCCUGUCUGUGGCCUAAGUCAAUUGAUGGAUUUGUUUACAUUCCCUAUAUCCUCUCUCCUUUAUAUGAUGACAUGGACAGAAUCACAAUAGAAACAGGAAUGCAGGAAAUUACCUCUGGAACCUGCAUCAAGUUUGUUCCUCGCACUCAUGAGGCCAGCUUCCUCGACAUCCAGCCUAGAUAUGGCUGCUGGUCGUUUCUGGGGCAGACCGGAGGAAGCCAGACCUUGUCACUGCAGACUCCUGGGUGCAUGUGGUCGGGGAUUGCUGCUCACGAGUUCAUGCAUGCCCUAGGCUUCGUGCAUGAGCAGUCCCGCUCGGACCGAGACCACUAUGUCACCAUUGUGUGGAAGAACAUCAUGCCAGACCACAUACAUAACUUCAGGAAACAGGUGACAAACAAUCUGAACAGCCCAUAUGACUACAGUUCUGUCAUGCAUUACGGACGAUACGCCUUCUCUGAAGACGGUGGACCAACAAUCAUUCCCAAACCAGACCCUUACAUUCCUAUUGGCCAGCGAGAUGGACCUAGUGCACUUGACCUCCAUAAAAUAAACGUCCUCUAUAACUGCGGCGUUAAUGAGUAAUGAAUGUAGACGUCUCUACUAUAAGGUCCUGCUCGAUGUGUGAAGUACUUUAUAUCUUCUUGAGUAAAUUAAACAGAUGAUGUAAUGGAAGAUAAUUCAUUUUGCGAUAGAUGUGCUUUUAUUAUUAAAAAGUCGAUAAAAAAAAAAAAAGUGUUCAUUUACCUUUUAGUGCAAUGCCAUUUAAAUACUAAAUCAUCAGCUAAGAUAUGCAUCUCUCAAAUAUAAACACGCCAUGAAUAAGCUUUUCCAAUGCCGAAGUUCUUUAGACAAUUAUUUCCAGUGUCUAAAAAAUUAUUCUGUACAAUCUUCUCUCUCUUUCCCAUUGUUUUCUCUGCUAAAAUAAAGAAAAUACAACAGAAAA